GUCUACAACGACAAGAAAGACAAAGGUCAAGGCCCGGAGUGCGACUAUGGCUUCAAGCUGAUCAUUAUCGGUGAUGCAGGAGCAGGCAAGAGCAGCUUCAUGCAUCAGUUCCUGGAGGGGAAGUUCCGGAAGCAGUCCACGCACACAAUUGGCGUGGAGUUCGGCACAAAGAUCAUUUCCCUUGGGAACCGGCAGAUCAAGUUGCAGAUUUGGGACACUGCCGGCCAGGAAAGAUACCGGGCAGUGACCCGGUCGUACUACCGGGGAGCUGUGGGUGCGCUGAUCCUGUACGACGUCACCUCGAGGGACUCGUACAACAACCUGCCGACAUGGCUACAGGACGCCCGCGAGCAGGCGUGGAAAGACAUCUCCAUCAUAGCAGUGGGAAACAAGCGGGACCUCAAGGAGGAGCGUCAGGUGUCCUUCCUGGAGGCGAGCCGCUUCGCGCAGGAACAGGACAUCUUGUUCUUGGAGACGAGCGCCCUCACUGGGGAGAACGUGCAGGACGUCUUUCACACGCUGGCGCAGCGCAUCCUGAACAAAGUGGAGGAGGGCAUCUGCGACAUCUCCGAGUCGAGGACUGGCGGCCCAUCCUCGGCCGACUUCAACCGCCCGCCUGACAGGAGCGACCGGAUACCCCGCGGGGCAGGGUUUUGCCGCUGCACGGUGCCGCGCUGCAUGGCCGGGUGA